AUGGCCAUGACGCCCCACCGCCCCUUCCUGACAGAAGACGACGAGGUGGACGCGUUCAUCGACGCGAAUGAUAGGCCGGCGUCGACGGGUAACGCACGCCGCAACCUCUUUGCGGCGUUCAUGGCAUUCGGCUUACUGAACAAUGUGCUAUACGUGGUUAUCCUCAGUGCCGCGCUUGACCUGGUGCCAGCCACGACGCCGAAGGGCAUCGUCGCGUUCUUCAACAUCUUCCCUGCGCUUAUCGCCAAGGUCUGCUGGCCACUAAUCUCGACUGGCGAGAUCCGAUACCGACGCCGAGUCGGCUUCUGCACGGCAAUCAGCUUCAGCGGGAUCCUGAUCGUGGCCCUCUCACCGGGCGUCAGUGGGAGGCUCUUUGGGAUCGCUCUCGCAUCUUUCUCGAGUGGACUUGGCGAACUCACGUUCCUCCAGCUCACCACCACUCUGCCGACCCGACAGGCGUCAAAGACCGCCGUCGGCGCGUGGUCGUCCGGCACAGGCUUUGCUGGCGUAGCUGGCGCCGCACUGUGGUGGCUCCUCCGCGGCCUUGGCGUGCGGGGUGGACUGGGUAUCUCCUCCGUCCUCCCGCUCUUCUUCCCACUCACGUACAAGUUUGUCCUCCCGUCGUGGGGCGAGCUCGGCUCCGCACCGGCGUACCACCCUCUCCCGACUGACGAAGAUGAAGAAGGAAGGCCUGGGGAGAGGCCACCGCCCGGCGCGUUUGGGCAGUACGUGCCCAAGGUAUAUCUCUCGCCUGCGGACAAGUGGGAGCUCUUCAAGCCCCUCGUACUGCGGUACAUGCUCCCGCUCUGCUUCGUCUACAUCGAGGAAUACGUUAUCAACUCUGGAGUCGCGCCGACGCUCGUCUUUCCGUUGCCAACGCAUGGGCCGUGGUCCCUUCUCUUCAUGAGUCCGCGAGACUACUACCCAUUCUGGAGUCUUACCUACCAGAGCUUUGUGUUCAUCUCGCGUUCGAGCCUAAGUCUCGGGAUCCCGCCCAUCCCACGGCCUCUCCUCCCCAUUCCUACCAUCAUCCAGUUCUUCGUUCUAGUCCUCCUCACGCUCCAGUCGCGGUCAUUCAUUUUUUCCGCGCCCGAGUACACGCCGCCAGCGCCAGAGCCGUCGACCGGCGUCGACCGCUCGAUCACCGCCGUGUUCCUCCUCACGUGUCUCGAGGGGCUGUGUGGCGGCGCAGCGUACGUCAACACCUUUUACCACGUUGGCCACGAGGGGGGAGACGACGAGGACGGCGACGGCUCCUCCCCUGAAGAGGUACGACGGAAGAUGGAGAAGGAGUUCCGUAUUGGUGCGACUGGCGCGGCCGACUCGACCGGCAUCCUCUUCGCGUCCCUCCUUUCCAUGCCGCUCGAGAUUGCGCUGUGUAACGCCCAGGUCGCACAAGGGCGCGACACGUGCCGCAAGCUCUAG